AGUCCUCGAUGAACCGAAAAUCAAUAUAGGCUCUACUGUCAUUUUUCUUACGGGCUUUUUCCCUCCUCGUUUUCAGUUUAUUUUUUUCGCUCGCGACGUUCUCGCGCAUUGACGGAUUUGCGCUACACCGUGCUAAAUCUUUAUUAUUAUCAAUAAUCCCGCCACUGUGUCGUCACCGGCCGUUAUACCUGGACAACCACACAUUGUCGCUUGAAGAAAAACGGUCCACGUCCGCCAAGUCUUCUGAUUUCGUGUAGGUAAGUUUUCAAAUACGCGCGCGAAAAAUUAAAAUACAUAACACCGCGCUCGUAUCGCUCAGAUCUGGUGAAUCCGUGACACCAGGUGGCGCCCCGUCGUUUUUGUCGUCGCUGCCGUCGCGUUUAUCGAUUGGGCUUUUGAUCCUUUCGCUCGCCGUGCCCGUGUGUAUACCUUCGCCCGCGCGCGAGUGUAUACGUAUACCGUGUGUGUGUAUGUGUGUAUUGUUCAUGUGAGUGUGCGUAUUUCCGGAACGUACUUCCUACACGUACACAGCCGCCACCGCUGCUGGUGCUACUGCUACCGCCGAUGACAAACGCCUGAACUUGUGGAAGAACGGACUUUCGAAGUUUUCGUGCCGUAUAGUGUGGGAGGCGUUACGAACACUCUUCCACCCUUCGUCCAAUAGUAUAGUCAUCGUUGAGUUUCGCUCAAGCGCGAUAACCGUUUUUUUAUCGGGUGUACAGCAAAAAUGGCCGGUCAAGACGGUAAAUGGCAAAAGGAAGGAUCUGACCAGAACUUUGAUUACAUGUUUAAGUUGCUCAUCAUCGGCAACAGUAGCGUUGGGAAGACUUCGUUUCUGUUUCGUUAUGCCGAUGACAGUUUCACAUCGGCUUUCGUAUCUACUGUCGGCAUCGAUUUCAAAGUAAAAACCGUGUUUAGGCACGAUAAACGAGUCAAACUUCAGAUAUGGGACACGGCAGGCCAGGAACGUUACAGAACCAUCACGACAGCUUAUUACAGAGGCGCCAUGGGGUUCAUACUCAUGUACGACAUCACAAACGAGGAAUCCUUCAACAGCGUGCAAGACUGGGUAACACAGAUCAAGACGUACUCUUGGGACAAUGCGCAGGUGAUACUGGUGGGCAACAAGUGCGAUAUGGAACACGAACGUGUGAUAUCGUACGAACGAGGCAAAACGCUGGCCGACGAACUAAACAUCGAAUUCUUCGAAACUUCCGCCAAAGACAACCACAAUGUCAAGGCCGUGUUCGAACGACUCGUGGACAUCAUAUGCGACAAGAUGUCUGAAAGCUUGGACUCGGACCCAACAUUGGUAGCCGGUACCAAAGGUACCAGGCUCACUGAACAGCCGCAAGGUCCGAACAAUCCGAAUUGCAACUGUUAAAAGUCUUAUACCCGGUUUCGGAUACCCCACGGCCCAACGAGAUACUUCAAACAACAAAACCCGUUACAGCAGUACCGAAACACAAAAAGACAUUUAUUUUAACAAAAAUUUAAAAAAAACAAA